AUGCUGCCCAUGGCGAAGCCCGCCAUCUCUGGCGCUUUGUGCGCUGCGCGACCUCGCCUUGCACUUUCUCUUCCCCGGGCUCAGCCCCUGGCGGCCCUUUCGACUUCCUCGGUUAAAUCAGCGACAGCCCUCGAGCGCCGAACAUCAACAGGCCAGCAAUUGACUGCGUCAGGCAAGGCCCGGAAGGAAGUGCCUUUGCCAAGUCAGGAGAAGAAGGAGGGUGCUAUGCAAUAUGUCUUGACUACCCUUGAUCAGGUUACAAACUGGGCCCGUCAAAGCUCUUUGUGGCCCAUGACCUUUGGUCUUGCAUGCUGCGCUGUAGAGAUGAUGCAUUUGUCUACUCCCCGUUAUGAUCAGGAUCGCUUGGGAAUUAUUUUCCGUGCCUCCCCGCGUCAGUCCGAUGUGAUGAUUGUCGCCGGUACUUUGACAAACAAGAUGGCACCCGCUCUCCGCCAGGUCUAUGACCAGAUGCCUGAUCCUCGAUGGGUUAUCAGCAUGGGAAGUUGUGCCAACGGUGGUGGCUACUAUCACUACAGUUACUCCGUUGUACGAGGCUGUGAUCGGGUUGUGCCGGUCGACGUCUAUGUCCCUGGAUGCCCACCCACAUCUGAAGCAUUGAUGUAUGGUAUCUUCCAGCUGCAGAAGAAGAUGAGGCAUACCAGAAUCACUCGCAUGUGGUACCGCCGUUAA